AUGUCUCGCUCACACAGGCGCUCCCAGAAAAAAGACAAAGCGAUCCACUUUGAAGUUUUUCGUCAACAAAGAAAUGCUCGUGGCUCGCGUCUUGAACAAUAUCAGAUUGAAGAAGAAGAUAUUUAUGACGAAAUUGGUGAAGAUGAAUAUAAAGCGCGACUUGACGAGCAAAAUUCCGAGGAAGAAUUUGUUGUUGAUGAUGAUGGAAGAGGAUAUGUAGAUUAUGGUAUGGAAGAGGUUGAGCAGCCAUUUUCUGAUGAACAACAAUCAGAAGAUGAUUCUCCUAAACAAGCUGGAAGUAAACGCAAAAGAAGCAAAAAGAGUGAGAAAAAGAAACAGGAGCCAACCAGAAAAAUCGAAACAUUUUUCUUGGCUAACAAUCCCACAAGAAGCAAACCAACUGGACCACUUUUCAAAAUAGAAAACAAGUGUAAAGAUAAUGAUGAGGGAGACCAAAUUCUUGAAGAUAUUUUCAAUUAUUUGGAUGAGGACGACGGUCCUUCGAGGAAAAUAGCCAAAAUUGAUCGCGCGGAAACUAAUGUACAAAAAGAAGACCAUCAAAUGUUUGAGAAUAAUUUCAAUUAUUUGAAUGAGGACGACGGUCCUUCGAAAAAAAUAGCCAAAAUUGAUCACACGGAAAUUAAUGUACAAAAAGAAGACCAACAAAUGUUUGAAAAUGAUCUCAAUCAUUUGAAUGAAGACGACGGUCCUUCAAGAAAAAUCGCCAAGAUUGAUCGCACGGAAACUGAUGUACAAAAAGAAGACCAACAAAUGUUUGAGAAUAAUCUCAAUUAUUUGGAGGCGGACGACGGUCCUUCGAGGAAAAUAGCCGAAAUUGAUCGCACGGAAACUAAUGUACAAAAAGAAGACCAACAAAUGAAUAAGCUCAAUUAUUUGAAUGAGAAUGAAAUGAUAGUUGAUGAAAAUCAAACAGCAUACAUUUUUCAAACUGGAUCAAAUAAUUAUUCAGAUUGCCUUGAGGAAAAUGGAACUUUAAGAAUGUAUUGGUUUGACGCCUAUCAGGGAACAAAAAAUGGUACCAUUUAUCUGUUUGGAAAGAUAUUAAACAAAAAAACUAAGGAGUACUUGAGCUGUUGUGUGACUGUCCGUGGACUUGAACGUAGUUUCUUUGUUCUACCAAGAUCCCAUCGUGUUGUAAAUGGCAAUACUACUGAUGUUGUAGUUACCAUGAAUGAUAUUAAAAUAGAAUUACAAAAAAUCUUGCAGCGCUACAAGAUCACAACAUGGGCAUCCAAAGUAGUCUCGCGCAAAUACUGCUUUGAAAUGGCUGAUGUUCCCUCUGAUACUAAUUAUUUAAAGGUCGUCUAUUCCUAUUCUCUACCUGGGCUCCCAAAUGAUUUGAGUGGCGAGACGUUUAGCCAUAUAUUUGGAGCUAAUAGAAAUCCCUUGGAAUUAUUCAUCAUAAAACGAAAAAUUAUGGGUCCUUGUUGGUUAGAAAUUCAAAAUCCUGAUUUUAAGAAGAAUAAGGAAUCCUAUUGCCGAGUAGAGGCUGCUAUUAUGGAUCCAAAAUUCAUCAAUCCAUUAAAAGGAAUGGAUCAAACUUCUCCAAAGAAAGCACCUCCAAUGACCAUCAUGAGCAUCAGUUUAAAGACAGUACUGAACCGUCAAAGAAAAGUCAAUGAAAUUGUUUUGGCAAGCUUGUUAAUUUACCCUAAUGUGUCUAUCGAAGAUAACUUUUCAGACCAGAAUUUGCCUCGAUGCCAAUAUACAGCAAUUAGACCAAUAACAAUAUAUCCUAUUGGAUUUCAUGAAAGGAUACGCCAAAAAAAGAUGAAUAUCGAAAUUCUACAAUCGGAAAAGGCUAUUUUAAAUUAUUUACUAGCAAUAAUUGCAAGAACAGAUCCAGAUGUCCUGGUCGGACACAACUUUAUCGGCUUCGAUUUGGAUAUUUUGUUGCAUCGAAUGAAAGAACAUAAAGUGCAAGAAUGGUCAAAAAUCGGUAGACUACAUAGAUCAAUGUGGCCUAAAUUACAAUCUGGCGCUGGUGGCAUGAGUGAAUCAACUUAUGAUGAAAAAGCUGUUGUUAGUGGGCGUUUGAUAUGUGAUACAUAUCUUAAUGCUAGGGAACUCAAAAUAAAAUCGAAAAAUUAUACGUUGACAGACCUUGCGUCUAGUCAACUUCAUACCGCGCGCAGAGAAAUCGAUUUUACGAAAGUGGACACGUAUUUUACGUCAACUGAUUCUUUAACUGAAUUGAUUUUCAGCUGCCUGAAAGAUGCGCAGCUAACUUGUCAAUUAACGUUUAAAUUGCAACUCCUGCCACUUACUAAAGAAUUGACUUCGGAAGCUGGCAAUCUAUGGUCUAGAACCCUUACUGGAUCGAGAGCUGAACGAAAUGAAUAUCUCUUGCUUCAUGAAUUUCAUAAAAACAAAUACAUUUGCCCGGAUAAGCAUUACAAUAAAGGUCGGGGAAACGAUCAAGAAAAUUUGAAUGUAAACGUUGGCAGCAGAAGAAAGCCAGCUUAUUCAGGUGGACUUGUUUUUGAUCCAAAAUCAGGACUUUACGAUAAAUACGUGCUUAUGCUGGACUUCAAUAGUCUAUAUCCCUCCAUCAUUCAAGAGUACAACAUUUGCUUCACCACUCACAAACUCGAGUCUUUGGAAGAAUCGGACGAAAAAAACACAGAAAUUCCCGACUCGAAUGUACCUCGUGGAAUUCUGCCAAAGUUAUUGGCGUAUCUAGUGGAAAGACGAAGGCGAGUGAAGCGUCUUAUGAAAGAUCCGAAUAUAUCAGAAACUCAACGUGCUCAAUUUGAUAUUCGUCAACAGGCUCUCAAGCUCACGGCAAAUAGUAUGUACGGUUGCUUGGGUUUUGCACAUUCAAGAUUUUAUGCAAAAGAGCUCGCCAUGUUGAUUACCUCAAAAGGUCGAGAAAUUUUACAAAAUACUCGCGAUCUUGCAGAAAAUGAACAGAUGGAGGUCAUAUAUGGAGACACGGACUCUAUCAUGAUUAAUACUAAUGAAACGGACCUGGAUAAAGCUCGCGAAAUGGGCUAUGCCCUAAAGAAAAAAAUUAAUCAGAGAUACAAACUAAUGGAGAUUGAUUUGGACGCGGUGUAUGAACGUUUGCUUUUACUUAAAAAGAAAAAAUAUGCCGCAAUUAUUGUCGAAGCACAAAGUGGCAAGCUGGUUAGGAAGCCAGAAAUGAAAGGACUUGAUUUGGUCAGAAGAGAUUGGUGUGAACUAUCGCAAGAUGUUUCAAAAUAUGUCUUGGAACAGAUUUUAUCAGUUUCCGAGCGUGAGGAAAUUUUAGAAAAUAUUCACAAGUAUCUUGCUUUUGUAGCUGAACAGACACGUUCAGAAGCAUAUCCCCUCGAGAAAUUUAUCAUUAACAAGAAUCUGGCCAAAAAUCCAACAGAAUAUGCCGACGCUAAAUCCCAGCCGCAUGUUCAAGUUGCCCUUCGAAGGAUUAAAAAUAACCAAAGUGCUCGUGUAGGUGAAACAAUUCCUUACAUAAUUUGUAAAGGAGAUGAAUCAAAUAGCAACGAUAAUUUUGCCGGUCGAGCAUAUCAUCCUGACGAAAUAAAAAAUUCUGAAUCUUUAAAAAUAGAUUCUGAAUGGUAUUUGUAUACACAAAUCCACCCAUGCGUCUCGAGAUUAUGCGAGCCUCUCGAAGGAACAGAUAGCGUAAGAAUAGCAGCUUGUUUAGGAUUGGAGACACAAAAAUUUCGGUCUGGAAAUUCUUCCUCACAUUCAUCAUUUUAUGAAGAUAAAUCUAGGAAUGAAGAGAGAUUUGCCGAUGUAGAAAAGUUCCAGCCAUCUUGUAGAUACUGCAAAUCGCAUUUUAUAUUUGAACCCACCGGAAUCGAUUCCACUACAACAGGCAUUUCAUGUGGAAAUCCAGAAUGCAAACGUACUCUUCCAACGUCAUCGUUGGUUGCCCAAAUAAAUUGUCAAAUUAAAAGUCAUAUUCAACGAUAUUAUGAUGGCUGGUUUGCAUGCGAUGAAAUGACAUGUCGACAUCGAACAAGGACGAUUAAUUCAAAAUGCCAAAUUUCUGGUUGCCCAGGUUUAAUGACUGAAGAAUAUUCGGACAAGAUGCUUUACACCCAAUUACUUUAUUACUCCAAGAUGUUUGAUAAAAACGAUUCAUUUAAAGAACUAAAAAAUGCUGUCGACCGUUACUUGGAUAAGUGUCAAUACCGUUAUGUAGAUUUAAGCAGGUUAUUCCGCUAUUGUCAAAUUUAG